AUGGAAAGGCAUGCCGCUGCUGCAAGCGAGACCGGCGACGUGCUCAAGCAACGCAACGCUGCCAUUUCCGCCGCCGGCAGGCGACAGCGGUGGAGUCGUGCACUGGACCUCUUCCAAGGAUUGCGGAAGAGCCGCCUCCAGCCGAACGUGCGAAGUUAUGGCGCCGCCAUGGGCGCCAUGCGCUUGCGUUGGGAGUCAGCGCUGCUCCUUCUUGGGCACCUUUCCUCCGCAGAGGUGGAAGGCAAUAUCAUCCUCGCUUCUGCAGCCAGCACCGCCUGUGAGCAGGGACAAACUUGGCGGCUUGCUGUCAGCGUGCUGGAGAGCGUGCGGCGAAGCUCUGUGCAGCUGGAUGCCCGCCGCCCCGUCGGCUCCUGGGAGUCGUCUCUCCGUGGCUGCGCUGCCUUGCGUGAGGAGGCCUUGGACGUCAACGUGAUUGUGCUCAACACCGCCUUGGCUUGCUCUCGCUGGGCUUUGGGCCUCGGGGCGCUCCGCUGGGCUGGCGAAGGUUCGUUACAAGUGGAUCGGAUCUCCUUCAACUCCGUGAUCGGCAGCUGUCA